AUGAAGCAACGAGCUGACUCUCCCACCCGCGGCAAGAACUCUCCCAUCACUACUUGCUAUAAUAUGAAGAAAAAGUUGACUGCCGCCGACGCCAUGAACGUGCCACCACCCACCGGCCUCAAAAACUGCCGAGGAUUGUCGGCUGGGAACAGACCCGCUCAAAAGACACGACGACGACGAUCCUCUUUCAAUACGACUUUGGACAUCGAAAAUGAUCACAAGAGACCGGCCGAACGAUUGCGCGCCUUUUUCCACCGACGGGAUGACGACGACAGUGAUUAUGAAGAAGAAGAAGAAGACGCCAUGUCCGGUAGUGCCACCGAUCGUCUGCGAGCCAUGUUUUUCCAAUCCAGUUUCAGUCGCAACAACAGCGACGAUGACAGCGAAAGCGACGACGAGGAGGACGAUGAUGAUCUGAGUCUUUCCGCCACUGAUCGACUCAAAGCCAUGUUUCAAUCCAGUUUCAGUAGCCGUCGUGACGAAGAUGACGAAGAGGAUUUCGACUUUGGCGGCGUGUACAAGAAAUCACCCCGUCCACUAUUGAAUUUCUUUUCUUCGGGAAACAAAAAACGCUAUUCCGACACGGACUCGGGUUUCCUCGUCACCACGGCCAUGGAGACAGAUUAG